AUGCGAGAAGGUCUUGCGGUCACCAAUAUCAGUUAUAUCUUGUUCCUUCAUCUGCCAAUUGCAGCGGCACGUGAAAACGGAACCGAGCUUCUGCGGGCUACUGACAUCGAGGUGGGGACAGAGCAGGCCGCAAGCCUUCGUCCCCAGGCGGGCCGGGCUGGCGGGCCCGGCUUGCAGGCCGCGGGCCCUACUGCAUCCUGCACACGGGCGCGUCCCUCAGUGAGGCGCUGGGCAGGACCCUGGGGUCCAUGUUCUCCACGCCUGCAGCCUGCUCCCCUGGGCAAAGGCCUAGGCUCGAGUUGUCAAGCCUCAGCUCGUCGCUGCCUGGAGGCGCUGGCGCGCCUGCUUGCCACACCGUCGUUUGAAGACCAGUCAGAGAUCGGAGCACUAACACCCUGUGUAACGGUUCGGGUGAACUUAGCUGGCGAUGCCGAUGCGCGGUCCCUGGCCCUGGGGCCCCCCUUUGGGGGUCGCGUCUCCUUCUUAGUGCUGCCACAGAGAAGGCCUGAGGACUUGCGCCGUGAAUUUGGUCGAUAUGGCCCUAUAGUAGACGUUUACAUUCCACUUGACUUCUACACUCGCCGCCCAAGAGGAUUUGCUUAUGUUCAAUUUGAAGAUGUUCGAGAUGCUGAAGAUGCUCUUUAUAACCUCAAUAGAAAGUGGGUAUGUGGCCGUCAAAUUGAAAUACAGUUUGCACAAGGUGAUCGCAAAACACCAGGCCAAAUGAAAUCAAAAGAACGUCAUCCUUGUUCUCCAGCUGAUCACAGGAGGUCAAGAAGCCCCAGUCAAAGGAGAACUCGAAGUAGAAGUUCUUCAUGGGGAAGAAACAGGAGGCGUUCAGAUAGCCUUAAAGAGUCUCGACACAGGCGAUUCUCUUAUAGCCAGUCUAAAUCUCGUUCCAAGUCACUACCAAGGCGGUCUACCUCAGCACGGCAGUCAAGAACUCCAAGAAGAAAUUCUGGUUCUAGAGGACGGUCAAGGUCCAAGUCCUUACAAAAAAGGUCCAAGUCAAUAGGAAAAUCACAAUCAAGUUCACCUCAAAAGCAGACUAGUUCCGGAGCAAAAUCAAGAUCACAUGGAAGACACUCUGACUCCAUAGCAAGAUCCCCCUGUAAAUCUCCCAAAGGGUAUACCAAUUCUGAAACUAAAGCACAAACAGCAAAACAUUCUCAUUUUCGGUCACAUUCCAGAUCUCGAAGUUAUCGUCAUAAAAACAGUUGGUGAAAACUGAAGAGUACUAUAUAGUCUUUAAUAUAAGUUAUUAUAUCUCUCAUUAUGUUAAAUAAAAACUCUUCAAGGCUUACAAAAA